AUGAAUGCAGGGUUCGAAGCCGUCCGCGAAGAACCCACCGCAGGAAAGAAGCCUGUCAAGUAUUGGCGCCUGACAGAAGAGGCCGUCACCAACAGCAUCCAAUCUACAACGCGCUAUCGGAAACAGACGAAUUACAAGAAGUCUGUGCGUCGGAUCCGCCUGCACCACAGCGUCAGCGGUCAGGAGCUAAGGGGAGAGGCGACGAGGUUCACUGCGAGGUUUCGGAGCUUGGGACAUAGUAUACAUGGUUUGAGCCCAGGAGAGUAUCAAAGGAACGAGUCUGUCGGCACCAGCAACGACAACUUUACCAGCACGGCAUUCUCAUUGGCUGUGCUAACGCCAAUGCCAGCGCACCUCCCUGCAGCCCCUAGAUGUACACCACCACAACAACCACGAUCUCCGCUGCAAGACUCGUUUGGACGCGCCAAGCCCUGA